AUGCCCCUGCUUCUGAGUCCUUGGAUCAAAUCGUUGUACAAAAAGUACACCCAGAAGGAGCGUCGCCGUGUGGCUUUGAAACGAAUCCAACUUGUGAAGAAAUACCAAUCUUCAGAUGGAAGAGUUCGAGUGUGCGGCACAAAGCUCUUGAAGCGAUCCCAAGUCUAUCCCAAGGGGUAUGGACAAAAGGAACAGGAGGUCGACAACACAGCAAAGGACAAAGGAAAGCCAUCAGAAGAUGCUGACCAACCCAGCCGAAAAGUACCCAAGGUUUCUGUGCCUUCUGCUGCCAAGAGCAAGGCGGCACCGUCCAAGCCCAAGAAGGCCACUCCGGCACCGUGUCCACAGACCCGCCCGGGUGUGAAGAAGAGUGGUUCUACUCAGGAUGCUGGUGAUCAAUCUGAUGGCGGUGAUGAUGCUGCAGCACCUUCAGGUUCUGAACCGGCCCCUGAAGGCACCAAGGCUGUGAAGACAAAGGACGAUCAGGGAGGUUCUCUGUCUGAUGCCCUCAACCGAGCCGGGACAGCAGAAAAGCUUGUUGAGAAGGACGCAGAUGCACGAGCAGCGAAGAAGAAGAAGAAGAAGCAUGAGAACCGUGACAAAGAAACCCACAAUCGCAAGAUGCGUUUUUACAGGAGUCUGGACAGUACAACCCUCAGUGAGCGAAAGUCUCAGAAGAUGCAAGUGCUGUUUGAACAGUGGAUAUCGGCCAGUGAAGACUGGUCUGAAUCGACCUUGGUGAUGUCCAUGCGACACAGCCAUACCCACACGAAGAGAGGCAGCCGUCGUUGGAUGACGCGUACUGACCUGAUGGAAAAGUAUAAGGAUGAGAGCAUCGUUGACGAGAUCAUCGCUGAGAAGGAACGUGACAGUGGCACCAAGAUUCACUGCUGCCGAGCACACCCUGACGCUCCGAACAACCCCAAGCUCAAGCAGUUUCUGUGCUAUGAUGAGGAGACAGAAGCGGACUCCGAAGAUGUUGUGCUUAGCAGCUUGUUCGAAUGCCGAGAUUCGGGGAAGAACAGCAAGAAGGACAAGAAGCGAAAGAGAAGCACCUCUUCCUCGUCCUCAAGUUCAUCCAGCAGUGCCAGUCAGGAAAGUUCCGAUUCUGACUCAGGAGAGAAAAAGUCGAAAAAAAAGAAGAAGAGUAAGAAGUCAAAGAAGGGAAAGAAGGGCAAGAGCAGUAAGAACAAAGGAAAGAAAGACAAGAAGAAGAGCAAGGCAGAAAAGCUGAAAGACAAGGAAAGGCGUGACAAGCAAGAACUCAAAGAUAAGGAACGAGCAGCCGAAAAGGAGGAUCAAGACAAUCGAUCGAAGGCCAAGAAGGUUCUGAAUGCUUUGCAAAGCAGCAUCAGCGAUGCGGCCAAGCGAGAAGCCAAAGCAAAGAAGAUGCAUCUUACCUGGGUCGGUUGGUCUCCAGGGAUCCAGGAAGUCGUGCUGAAAGAGCUUGGCAGCCUCAAGUCGAAGAUUGCUGAGAAGCGUGAUGCGUUGCAAAGCAUUAUCGACGGUGACAAGGCCCACCCAAUGAAGAUUUUUACAGGGAAAGGGAUGCGUUGA